CUCACACAGCCAGUGACAUAACACAACAUCAGCCCUCGCAGCAUCCGCAUCUCACAGCCAGGAGGACCAGGAGCACAUCUUCAUCUAAGCAUCCAUUCCACAACUGCCUACCAUCGUCUGAGCACCGCCGACACCAGGCGUGUUUAUCCAACGCUUGUUUUGUUUUUGUUAUUUUUUGCCUCGGCUCGGAUUAUUUUCUUUGUUGCAUUUAUAUUCUCGGAGAUGGUUUUAUGUUUUUAUCGCGUCUUGUAAGGAAAACCAGGCUCGAGACGCGGAGCAUCAUCGUUACAGAGCAAUAAUAUUCUCAUUGAGCAGGAGAUCAGCAGCGGCCAUCAGGAGACGCAGACAGAGAGCUGAAAUACGAGAGCGACUGUUUCAGUCGGGGUGAUCUUUAUCCUGUCAGAGAGCUGUUCACAGGAUCAUUUUCUCCCAGGCCUUAGAUGCCCAGCGGCAGCCUGUAGCCCGGGACUCCCAGCUCCCAGAAGCAUAGAGGCUUUGAGACCCUCAGGAUCUCCCCUGGCAGACCCUCUUCUGACCCAGUGCGGCUAAAGCCCCUGGACGCCUCCCGACAGUCACCAUGGGAACCGUGCUGUCUUUGUCGCCUAGCUACCGAAAGGCUGCUCUCUUUGAGGACGGCCCGGCCACUGUGGGCCACUACACAGCUGUCCAGAACAGCAAGAACGCCAAAGACAAGAACCUGAAGCGCCACUCGCUCAUCAAUGUGCUCCCGUGGAAGCGGAUUGUAGCAGUGUCCGCCAAGAAGAAAGGCUCCAAGAAGGUGCAGCCCAACGGCACCUACCAGAACAAUGUCACCCAGCUGAACAAUGAAAACCUGAAGAAGUCGCAGUCAUGCGCCAACUUGUCCACCUUCACCCAGGAUCAGAGCACUCCCGCUCUCACCAAGGCCUCCAACAACACAGUAUCGUCCAUCAAGAAAGCCCCUCUGACCAACUCCAAUGUGGCCCCCGGGACCCCUAAGAGAGUGAUUGUCCAGGCCUCCACCAGUGAGCUGCUGCGCUGCCUCGGGGAGUUUCUGUGCCGGCGUUGUUACCGGCUGAAACACCUGUCACCCACUGACCCAGUGCUGUGGCUGCGCAGCGUGGACCGCUCCCUGCUGCUCCAAGGCUGGCAGGACCAGGGAUUCAUCACCCCCGCAAACGUGGUCUUUGUCUACAUGCUUUGCCGUGACGUGGUCUCCUCCGAGGUGGCCACGGAGCACGAGCUGCAGGCCGUGCUGCUCACCUGCCUCUACCUGUCUUACUCCUACAUGGGCAACGAGAUCUCCUACCCUCUCAAGCCCUUCUUAGUGGAGAGCUCCAAGGAGACCUUCUGGGACCGCUGCCUGUCCAUCAUCAACCUGAUGAGCGCGAAGAUGCUCCAGAUCAACUCCGACCCACACUACUUCACUCAGGUGUUUGCAGACCUGAAGAACGAGAGCCAGAAGGAGGAGGAGAGGAGCCGCCUGCUCAUCGGCCUGGACCGGAGGGCGAGGGCCAUCGCCUGACUGGCUUUCUUCAUGCAUCACGGAUGAACAGGCACGUCUGGCUGCAAACUCUGGAUCUCUGGAAGGCCAACACCACGUCCCGUCCAUUAAUACGGAUACCACUGGAAUCUUUUUUGCUGCAAUGCAUAUCUGAAAAAAACAAAAACAGCAGGGGCCAUCAAUGCUGGAUCCAUAUUUUUGUGGGUUUCUGUUUGUGACUCUACAACAGGACUUAUGCUGUAUGCUGUAUUUCGAUGGACGAUAAGCAAACACUGCAUUGUGGGACUUUCGAUAAGGAGGACAACAGCCAGAGGACAUAUGAUGAGAAAGACCUACUUUAUUUUCAUCUAGGAAAAAAAAAUAAAACAAGUUAAUGGAUGUUUUACUCCCCAGAGGCUUACACCUAUGGAGGCUUAUUUAUUGCUUUUCUGGAACAGGUUUUCUUUGAUUUCUUUCUUUUUUUUGAACUUAGAAACGUAAUGUUUUGCACGUGUGCCAUGCAAUUUUACAGUUUCCGGGAGGGACGGAACAAUUGUUACUGUUCUUUUUACUUGAUUUGUAAACCGACUGCAUCUGCAUUAGAGAAUGCUGUGAACAAAGUGACAGUAGUUUAUUUAGCUAUGCUUGCUAAAAUAGGCUAUUUGUUUACCAGGGAAAUUCUUUUUGUACUUUUGUCGAUUUUGGAAUGAUGUUUGAUUUCGUGCUUAUGAUUCAGCAUAGAAAAUGUUUAAAAAAAACAAAAAAAAAACAGUGCCAUAUCUUCGAUGAAAAUCCCACAGGUCUGAGAACACUCUGAAAUACUGUACUGUUUGUCCAGCUGUUGAAUGAUGGGAUGGAAUUUCAUCUACUACUAACUAACUUACUGACACCUAAUUUAUUGCCAUUCAUGUAUUUAUUUAGGCUCAUCUAAUGUAAAUGAAAGACCGUGAUGAGAGACUUUGAAAAGGGAAUGAUGUGG